AAGAAAAGAAAAGGAAAGAGAGAAAAGUGUGGGAGGAAUCAAAAUCACAUGGGCUUGUAGUAGCUGUAGUUUUAGUUGUUGUUGUUGUUGUUUCUCUUGGGUCCAAAUUCCUCUGUCUCUUUCUCUCUCUCAUGAUUUCCUUCUUCUUCUUCUUCUUCUUCAUCUUCGUUACCGGCUGAGCCAGCCUACGACAACGACAUCAAUAUUCCUCAUUCCACUGCCGUGCCGAGCUGGACAUGGCUGACGACAAGGAAAUUUCUGGUCCUGUUGUGGAUGGAAAUGAUCCGACGGGUCACAUCAUUUCCACGACAAUUGGUGGCAAAAAUGGAGAACCUAAGCAGACAAUUAGUUACAUGGCAGAGCGUGUUGUGGGAACUGGCUCAUUUGGAAUUGUUUUCCAGGCAAAAUGCUUGGAAACUGGGGAGACAGUAGCUAUAAAGAAGGUUUUGCAAGAUAAAAGAUAUAAAAAUCGUGAACUGCAGUUAAUGCGUGUAAUGGAUCAUCCAAAUGUGAUUUCUCUGAAGCAUUGUUUCUUUUCCACCACCAGUAAAAAUGAACUUUUUCUCAACCUGGUUAUGGAAUAUGUCCCUGAGACCAUGUAUCGGGUCUUGAAGCAUUACAGCAAUGCAAAUCAGAGAAUGCCACUAAUCUAUGUGAAGCUCUACAUGUACCAGAUUUUUAGGGGUCUGGCUUAUGUACACACUGUUCCUGGAGUUUGCCAUAGGGAUUUAAAGCCUCAAAAUAUUUUGGUUGAUCCUCUCACUCACCAGGUUAAGCUCUGUGAUUUUGGAAGUGCAAAAAUGCUAGUCAAAGGUGAAGCAAACAUAUCAUACAUAUGUUCCCGAUUCUAUCGGGCUCCAGAACUUAUUUUUGGUGCCACAGAAUAUACAACCUCAAUAGAUAUCUGGUCAGCUGGUUGUGUUCUUGCUGAGCUUCUUCUGGGUCAGCCACUGUUUCCUGGAGAAAACGCGGUGGACCAGCUAGUAGAAAUUAUCAAGGUUCUUGGUACACCAACUCGGGAAGAAAUACGUUGCAUGAAUCCAAAUUAUACCGAUUUUAGGUUUCCACAGAUAAAAGCGCACCCUUGGCACAAGGUUUUCCACAAAAGAAUGCCUCCGGAAGCAAUUGAUCUGGCUUCACGACUGCUGCAAUACUCACCUAGUCUUCGCUGCACAGCACUUGAAGCAUGUGCACACCCUUUCUUUGAUGAGCUCCGAGAACCCAAUGCUCGCCUACAAAAUAAUCGCCCAUUGCCACCGCUCUUCAACUUUAAACAGGAGUUGUCAGGGGCAUCUCCAGAGCUUGUUAAUAAGUUGAUACCAGAUCAUGUGAAACGUCAAAUAGGUUUAUUGCAUCCAGCAGGCACAUAAGUGUGGAAAGUCAUGCGGGAAUGGUUAUCUUUCUGGUUGAUAUGUGACCCAAAGCAGUAAUAUCUGUGUUCAAAUCACAAUGCAUGAGGCCUGACCAAUAUCAGUUCUUGCUAUACCGAGACGCAUAGAGACUCGAGUGGCUGGAUAGCUGCACUUCAUGUUGAGUUCAUUUCUACGUUUUUCUCACUAUUAUCCUCCUCCUCCUCCCUCCCCACCCCUCCCAUCCCAAAAAAGAAUCGCUCUUUCCAACCCCCCUCCUUUCUCAAGACACCUUUUUGUUUCUGUACAUGUUUGAUAGUAAAAGUAGCUGGAGAUGAACUGGUCAGAAAGCUGCUAGCAGAGGAAAAGCUAGGGAAAGUGUAUCUAUAGCUAGGAUGAAAAGCCCCGAAUAGAAUGGCUGAAACUAAAGGGGGUGGUCUUCUUGUUGGUUUUUGCAACUUGUUGGGUAUGGUUUACUUGCAUGUUGUUUUCCAUUAGUUCUUUGGUGGUUUGGGGUGGCUGACUUGUAUUUGCAGACAAAUGCUUUCACCUACUGUUUGUGCGAAUUAAAUGCUAUUGUUCUCUAUUUAGUACUGUUUUGC